GUCAACGGCUAGAUGUACGAGCAAAUUUUCCAGCCGUAGGCAGAUGUCCAGCUUGAAAGCUCGAAUAGUUUGAAGUGGUAGAUACAAGCUCCUGCUAGAACCCACCUGUGUCACUGUUGGUAGUCCUCCAUGUACAUGGCAAGUCCAAGCUGACACCAUGGCUCAGAUAUCCAGUGGCAGUGGGUAUAAGCUGGAUAGGCCAGCCUCUCCACUAGUGGCUCGACCCAAGGGAGCAGUGGGCAAAGAGGAGGCUUUGCGUAUGGAGGAAGAGGCUUUGGCUAAAUUGCAGCGUGAAAAGAGACCCACACAUCUAGCCCCCGUUUCCUCCACAACAGCACAUGCUAAUGCAGGAGUAGCCUCCACCAGCCAGCUAGAGAAAGACCUUAUCGUCUUCCCUGAAUCAGAGGCCAAGAAGAAGGCAGAGAAAGACACAUUUGCAGACAUUGAUGUAGAGAAGCUGACUAAAGAGGAACUAGAGAAACUGCUUCUGGAUGACAACUUUGGCACCAACAAAAUGAGCAGGCCCUCGACUCUAUUAGGCUUCAACCUUAGUGCAUCGUACCCAGGGGUACACGCGUUCAGUUCAACUCCGUUUCUCUGGACACCUACGCUCUCCACCCCUUCAGGUUCUGGUUUGCCUACCCCAACACAUCAGCAGCACUCUGUAUUUCCUUCAAUGCCCUAUUCCAAACCUCCCUGUUCAUUCCAGAAUGGCAUUUCCCCGGCUAUGCCAUCUUUUGUUCCCCUCCAUACCCAUCAGACCCCCUUCCUCCCAUUUACACCUAUCCAGACUGCUGGUCCUCUGGUCUUCCAGCAGCCGGUGGUGACCCCCGAAAUGGCUAAGCUUUUUGACAAGAUUGCCAGCACUUCAGAAUACCUGAGGAAUGGCAGGUCUUCCAGUAUGGAUUCAGAGUCUGUCAGCGUCAAGUCCCUGGAGCCUGUGCCCCAGCUCCCUGAGCCCCCAAGCAUGAGCCGCUUUGACUGGCUGGAUUUGGACCCUCUCAGCAAGCGUAGAGUGGAGGUGGAAGGUGCAUCAAGUGCAAUGGGUGGGACUGUAAUGGAGGAGUCUGCCCAUGCAGGGGACCCCUGGGAUGCAGUGCUACGAGAUGAGACUGAGGUUGCUGGCAGAAGCAGUCCUCAAGCACAGGAGAAAGACCCAUUUGGGAGUGUGGUAAAUGCUCAGCCCAGGAGGGCAUCUACAGGGAUGGCAGUGACCAGGAGUUACUCGAUUAACAUCCUUGAAACCUCCUCCCACCACAGCCAGAGUAAACAGGUCAGUAAGGGGAGUGGGAACGUGCUCACAAAGUACGCCGCUUUACAGGAAAUGGAGGCCCAGAACCUAGAAGUCAUAGCUUUCUGUGAAGACAUUGCAAAGUUGAAGUCAAAGUUCACUUAUGAUGACCUCUUUACCAAUCCUGGAUAUGUACUCAGCCCAGUGAUCUUCCAGCGGGAUGUGGGAGGGGACAGUAGCAGCAGUGUGAAAGUCUCCAUUGAGAUUUCUGAAUCCCAGCAACCUGUGACCUUCACCUGUGAUGUGAGUUCGCCAGUGGAGCUGCUGAUCAUGCAGGCUCUCUGCUGGGUCCAUGAUGACUUGAGCCAGGUGGACAUCAGCAGCUAUGUCCUUAAGGUGUGCGGGCGUGAUGAGGUCCUGCAGAACAAGUAUAGCCUGGGCAGCCAUGAGUACGUGCAGGGCUGCCGGAAGUGGGAGACAGAGAUCCAGCUACAGCUCUUGGCCCACACUGCCAUCAGGAGAGACCUGGCCCGCACGGCAGAUGACGAUGCAUCCUCCAUUGAGUUGGAGAAAUACCAAGACCAUCUGGAGAGGCCAUUUAAGGAGACAGUCACAAGAGAGAGCCUUGCUGAAUAUUUAGACUCUUAUCACAAUCAAGUCAACAUUUGCCUGCAGAAUGAGAGCACGCAGUAUAAAACAGUAGAUCGUGUAAUCCAGGAAGUGAAAAAUAUUUGCUCUGCGUUGGAAAAGGUGGAAACAGCAGCCAUCACUGAUGCUGUAAAAAGACUGAAGCAUUCGGUCAACCUCCCUAGAACCCGCUCCCCAGAGGCUGGUGCCAAAUCUGUGACUUCAGCCAAUGGUUAUGCAAGGCAAGUGGAGGAGUGCAUGGACGUCCUUACAGACGCCGUAUAUGACCUGGCAAAGCUCUACCUGUGCUCUUUCUGCCCAGCGUCUCCUGACUAUGUGGAGCAGGAUCCCCCAGAAGAGCAGAGAGAGAGCAGGGAGGCCUCUGACACUACUGAGCAUGUGCAGUUCACGCUCUUUGCCAUACAUGACAUUUCUGCUGCGUGGGUCAGCAGUUAUGAAAAAUAUUACCUGAUGUGUUCCCUGAUGCACAACGGCCGUAACCUCUUCAAGCCCAUCCAGUCCAAGAAAGUCGGGACCUAUAAGAGCUUCUUCUACCACAUCAAAUGGGAUGAACUGAUAAACUUCCCCAUCUCAGUGGCCUUGCUACCACUGGAGACCAUGUUGACACUCUCUCUUUACGGCAUUCUUAACCAAAAUGCCAACAACUCACCUGAUACCAACAGGCAGCGCAAGGGACCAGAGCUUCUGGGCAAGGUUACCAUGCCUCUGUUUGAUUUCCGGCGGGUGCUGUCUCGAGGGACUAAGCUGCUGAGUUUGUGUACGUCUCAUCAGACAUUGCCACCAGCAGUUGGAGGGAAGAAGAAGAGCCAGACAGAGAGAAUCAUACUGCAGGUAGACUUCCCUAGUCCAGCAGUGGAUGUGCUCUACGUAGGUCCCCAGGAAGCCAGCUGCCCCGACCCGCAGACUCUAGAGACGCUUGAUCCAGACAUCCAGAGAAAGAUCGAGAAGCUUUGUGGCCGGGUGUCUGCUUUCGGGCUGACACGGGUGGACAGGCAGCUGCUGUGGGACCACCGGCACUAUGCACGCAGCCUUGAGCACAGCCUGCCCAAGAUCUUAGCCAGUGUGCCCAGCUGGGACUGGGGCAGCAUGGGCGAGAUCCACGCGCUACUGCACCACUGGCCGCCGCUCUCCCCGGUCGCUGCCCUGGAGCUGCUCGAUUCAAAGUUUGCAGAUACAGAGGUACGGAGCAUGGCUGUGAUCUGGAUUGAGAGCUGUAGUGAUGAUGAGCUGCUUGACUACUUGCCUCAGCUUGUGCAGGCUCUGAAGUUUGAAUGCUAUCUAAAGAACUCCUUAGUUAUGUUCUUGUUGUCCCGGGCACAAGGGAACAUCAACAUUGCACACUACCUUUACUGGCUGCUGAGGGACGCAGUUCAGGACCCGGCAUUCGGUCAGCGUUAUGGCCCCGUGCUUGGGGCACUGUUGUGUGUGUGCGGCACCGGCCUCAGGGCCUCGCUGGAGAAGCAGACCCAGCUAGUGCAGCUGCUGGGAGGCCUGGCUGAGAAGGUGCGGCAGGCUAGUAGCUCCAGCCGUCAGGUGGUACUGCAGGAGGGCCUAGAGAGGGUGCAAUCGUUCUUUCAGAGAAACACUUGCAGACUGCCCCUUAGCCCUAGUCUUGUAGCCAAGGAGCUAAAUAUUAAGGCCUGUUCCUUCUUCAACUCUAAUGCUGUACCAAUGAAGCUGGCCCUGGUCAAUGCAGAUCCCCUGGGAGAGGAACUCAGCGUCAUGUUUAAGGUGGGGGAGGACCUCAGGCAAGACAUGCUGGCGCUUCAGCUGAUUCGGAUCAUGGAUCGGAUCUGGCUGCAGGAAGGCCUGGACCUGCGCAUCGUCAACUUCAAAUGCAUCUCGACUGGAAAAAACAAAGGCAUGGUGGAGCUAGUCCCAUCGUCGGAGACGCUGAGAAAGAUUCAGGUGGAGUUUGGAGUCACAGGCUCCUUCAAGGACAAGCCACUUGCUGAGUGGCUUCGCAAGUACAACCUUGCUGAGGAUGAAUAUGAGAAGGCCUCUGAGAACUUCAUCUACUCGUGCGCAGGCUGCUGUGUGGCCACCUACCUGCUGGGCAUCUGCGACCGCCACAACGACAACAUCAUGCUGCGCUCCACCGGCCACAUGUUCCACAUUGACUUUGGCAAGUUUCUUGGCCACGCACAGAUGAUUGGCAGCUUCAAAAGGGACCGGGCGCCAUUUGUCUUGACCUCUGACAUGGCCUACGUCAUCAACGGAGGUGAGAGGCCCACAAGCCGCUUCCAGCUCUUUGUGGACCUGUGUUCACAGGCCUACAACCUCAUCCGCAAACACUCGGGACUCUUCCUCAACCUGCUCUCACUGAUGACUCAGUCAGGCCUGCCUGAGCUAACUGUCCAGGACCUUAAAUAUGUGUACGAUGCCCUGCAGCCACAAACCACCGAUGCAGAAGCCACCAUUUUCUUCACCAGGCUGAUUGAAUCUAGUCUCGGCAGCGUAGCCACCAAGUUUAAUUUCUUCAUCCACAAUCUGGCCCAGCUGCGUUUCUCUGGCCUGCCAUCCAACGACGAGCCCAUCCUGUCCUUCUCUCCUCGCACAUACUCGCUCAAACAGGAUGGUCGGAUUCGAGAUGUCUCCAUAUUCUCCUUCCAGAAGAGAUACAUCCCUGACAAGCACUAUACGUAUGUAGUCAGGGUGCUGAGGGAGGGCCAGAAUGAGCCCCAGUUCAUCUUCCGCACAUUCGAUGAGUUCCAGGAGUUGCACAACAAGCUCGCCAUCCUCUUCCCUCUGUGGAAGUUGCCAGGGUUCCCCAGCAAAAUGGUGUUGGGUCGCACACACAUCAAGGAUGUGGCAUCCAAGAGGAAGGUUGAACUGAACAAUUAUGUACAUAACCUGAUGAGGAAUUCAGCAGAAGUUACACAGUGUGAUCUUAUCUACACAUUCUUCCAUCCCAUUGCAAGAGAUGAUAAGACAGAAGGCAUAGAUGAAAUACCCAAAAUACCAGAGGUGACUCCAAUCAGCCCUGCUACAGGACGUGUUGAGGGUGAGGUGAAGUUAUCUGUUUCAUACCGAAACAGUACACUCUUCAUCAUGGUCAUGCACAUCAAAGACCUAGUAUCUGAUGAUGGAGCAGAUCCCAACCCAUAUGUGAAAACGUACCUACUUCCAGACCCCCACAAAACCUCAAAGCGCAAAACAAAGAUAUCCAGAAAAACCAGGAAUCCAACUUUUAAUGAGAUGCUGGUGUACAACGGCUACAGUAAGGAGACCCUGAAGCAGAGGGAGCUACAACUGAGCGUGCUCAGUGCUGAAUCACUGCGAGAAAACUGCUACCUGGGUGGCAUCACCCUCAGCCUCAAAGACUUCGACCUGAGCCAAGAGACAGUCAAGUGGUACAAGCUCACAGCUGUACCAUACUUCUAGACUCCUGGAUGCACUUUCUUCCAUAUUCUACAGGAAGCAAUGAGAUUUGAUCCGAGACUGUUAAAGGGCAAUUUGAACCCAAACUACUUAAUACAACCCAAACCCCUACCAUCACAUUCAAAUACCAUCCCAUUCACCUGCCAAAUCUGCCAUCUCAGCAACACUAAUCAAGAUCCACUCCUUGCAAGCAAUACAUUUCUUGUGCAUGAACUCUAAAAAAGAAAAGCUAAUAUUUUUUUGUACAUUUUGUCAUGAGAGGACCAAAAUGGCUUUCUUUAUAGAAGAGUAUAUAUUGUUUUAUAUACAUAUAUAUAAAUUGACACUUUUUUUUUUUUUUUUUUUUUUUUUAAGGGUCAUUUUUAUAUGCUACAUUUCUAGAAAGAAAAACAGGAAGCAUUAUUAGCCUGGAAGGGUUUUGGGUGUCUGGGUAGGCAUAGGAGUGUAAAGGCCUCCCUGAUCAUGUGCCAAAUGAACUAAAAUGACUUGACCACUUUUUUCUUCUAAGGGAACAAACAGGGUGCCUUGUUUGGGAUUCAAUGUUCUAUCUCUCUCCAUUCAUUCAUUCAUUCAUUCAUUUAUAUAUAUGAAUGAAAGAGUGUCCUUCCAGCUUGCAUAGGGUUCUUGUAUACAUCAUGAAGUGCUAAAUUAAUCGCUCUCGUUCAAGUGUAGAAAAGUUCCUGUGAUUUGCCUCCCUUUCCAGCACAAUUGUAAACUAUUGUUUGAACUAUUUGUUCUGUCUUUUUAUAUUUUGAAAAGGGAAGGGUAGGAACGACUAAAAGCUGCUUUCUCUGUUCAGAUGCUUAGUAAGCUAAAAGGAAUCAUGAGUUUACCUGGAAACAUUUUAAGUGUAAAGUAUUUAAGAAAAGAUCAGCAUCACUCACACCACAAACAAGACUUGAUUUGUCUUUUAAUAAUUGUUUAAAAAAAGAAACUCAGUUCAUUAUGGCCAGUUAUUUAUUGUUAAUUGGUUGUUUAACCUGGAUAAAUCAGUGUGUACUGUAAUCAUUUUCCACACAAGGCGAAUUAAACGUCUUUGAACAAUGUCUCCUA